GGACCUCUGGGUGAUGGUGGUGUCUGCAUCGCCUUACGAGCACAUCGUCGGUCAGCCCAACGUCAAGUACGUGGCCAACAUGCACGGUAACGAGGCCAUCGGUAGAGAGAUGCUCCUACACCUGAUAGAGUACUUGGCCAAGAGUUACGGGACGGAUGACUACGUGCGCUGGCUGCUGGACAACACUAGGAUCCACAUUAUGCCCUCCAUGAACCCUGAUGGCUUCGAGGUGGCCAGGGAGGGUACCUGCCAGGGAGGACAGGGCAGAUACAACUCUCGCGGCUUUGACUUAAACCGCAACUUCCCGGACUACUUCAAGCAGAACAACAAACGGAACCAACCAGAGACAGAGGCAGUCAAGCAGUGGGUCUCUAAAAUUCAGUUUGUCCUCUCAGCCAACCUUCACGGAGGUGCUCUUGUCGCCUCUUACCCCUUCGACAACUCACCCAACACCACUCUCGACUGGUCUCUGCUUCAGCGUAUCUUAAACGCAACUCAAGGCGAAGAUGAUAGAGUGGAGGUCGAUUUUAGGAGCGUUUUCCAGCAAUUCGCCUCGACGCCCUCGCUGACUCCUGACGAAGAUGUGUUCAAGCACAUCUCCAGCGUAUACUCCUUCAACCACGCCAGCAUGCACCUUGGACUACCCUGUAAACCCGGGGCGCCUACCUUCACCAAUGGUACCACCAACGGCGCCGCAUGGUAUCCCCUGACUGGUGGAAUGCAGGACUACAACUACGUAUGGCACGGGUGUAUGGACAUCACCAUCGAGAUGUCUUGUUGCAAGUACCCGACGGCCGAGCAGCUCCCCAAGUUCUGGGAGGACAACAAGAAGGCACUUGUGAGGUACCUGGGAGAGGUGCACAGGGGGGUGAGGGGCUUUGUGAAGGACGAGCAAGAUAGACCAGUGGAAGCUGCCUCCAUCAAGAUCAAAGGACGUGACGUGGGCUUCCAGACCACCAAGUAUGGCGAGUACUGGCGGGUUCUCCUGCCAGGCCACUACACCAUUGAGGUUUAUGCUCAGGGUUUCGACCCCCGUGAGGAAGAGUUCACUGUGGUGGAGUCCAACCCAACACUCCUCAACUUGACACUGUACCGUGCUGCUCCCGCACCAGAUGCACUGCCCUCAAGGCCUCAACAACAGCAACCAGAGACGGCCGCUGGGCAGGUACCCCUGAGCAAGCCUGCACUCUGGAUCACUGCCAUCAUUCUCUUUGCUAUCGCUCUCUUUACGAACUGAACAUGACCUGACAGAUGGGUGGCCACUGGUGCAAUCCAUCCUGCUCAUAUUCAUCACUUUGUUGAUAACAUUUACAUCUUUAGUUUGCAGUUCAGUGUAGAUACUGAUAGCAAUAAUUUUGAAUAUUAAGCAUUUGAUGAUACAGUUUUUAUAAUUUCUUCUGAGGGGCCAUUUCUCCUUUUAACAGUGAACUAUACAUAAAAUUAUAACCGCCUUUUUUGUCUAACGCAACAGUUUUUGUGAGGU